GCCGCGUCGGGGAGCGGGCUGGGCUUGGCUCGGGCGUCUGUCGGCGUGGAGGUCGAGCCCCUCCGCCCGGGCCGCUCCGAGUUUCGCAAUCCCUAGCGGGACUAGCUCAGCGUUGGGUCGACGGACCGGCCUGGGCGCGAAGACUUGGGCGGGAUGGCCCCUCCGGUCCACUAGCCGUUACUGCCCACCGGGUAAACUUGAUGAAAGGCAGGUCCACGAGAUUCAGUCUCACAUGGGACGCCUGGAGACAGCAGACAAGGAGUCUGUGCACUUAGUAGAAAAUGAAAUCCAAGCAAGCCUAGACCAGAUAUUCAGCCGUCUAGAACGUCUGGAGAUUUUGUCAAGCAAGGAGCCCCCUAAUAGAAGGCAGAAUGGCAAACUCCGUGUCGACCAGUUAAAGUAUGAUGUCCAGCACCUGCAGACGGCCCUCAGGAACUUUCAGCACCGGCGCUAUGCCAGGGAGCAGCAGGAGAGACAGCGAGAGGAACUUUUGUCGCGUACCUUCACCACUAACGAUUCUGACACCACCAUACCCAUGGAUGAAUCACUGCAGUUUAACUCCUCCCUCCAGAACAUUCACCACGGCAUGGAUGACCUCAUUGGAGGCGGGCACAGUAUUCUAGAGGGACUGAGGGCCCAGAGACUGACCUUGAAGGGAACUCAGAAAAAGAUUCUUGACAUUGCCAACAUGCUGGGUUUGUCCAACACAGUGAUGCGGCUCAUUGAGAAGCGGGCCUUCCAAGACAAGUACAAGUACUUCAUGAUUGGCGGGAUGCUACUCACCUGUGCAGUUAUGUUCCUUGUGGUGCAGUACUUGACAUGAGCCAGCCACAUCCAGCGCUGGACAGCCUUCCCAUCGUGUUAAAGUGUAUGUGCGCACAUGUGUGUGUGCAAGCAAGAAUGGUGGGCUGGGCGGCAGCCUUUUGAAAUGUAUGCCUCAACUGUGAAGACACCCACCUCCAGGACUAAUUGUGACUUAGUAUCAAACCUGUUCUGUUUUCUGUGACAUCUGGAGAGGAGGAGCUAGGGUCAUCAAGAUGUGUGGUGCUUAGGAGUGGAUCAAGUUCCUUUUCUCUCGCUCUCACUGGGGGAGGGAAGGAAUGGGUUUGGUGGUCUGUCCGCAGGACUGGUACGCACCCUGGAAAGCUUCCAUCAUGAACCUUGCACACAAGACUGUCCACAUUGUUCACACUUUGUCCAGCCUUUGUGGUUCCUGAUGAGUGAACCGGAACACCUUCUGGGAUAGAUCAGUUCUCAUCCCUUUGCUUUUGCCACCGCCCCUUCCACCCCCACCUCCCACUCUCCCCUCCUACCCCCCCAAAAUGACUAACUGCUAACACUCAACAUCCAUCCCUGGAAGCAGCGACAUAAGUAUUGCUGUUAACAAGUAGGCAUUUCCAUGCUGUGGUUGCUGGGUGUUUGUCUUUCCUGAAGUGAUGCAGUGGUAUUCCCUGGGAGUGUUCAGUCUGGAGAUUGAAGACCUGAGUCACCAGUGUUUUUUCCAGUUAAUAGAGUACUUGACUCUUACAGUUCAGAACCUGCAGCUUGGCACCUCUGCCCAGGCUUCCAUGGCCCUUUGUUCCUCUGAAAGUAGUAAUAGCAAAGAGCAAUUUGUCAGUUACAGUCUCAUCUUUAGUCCUACCACUAUGAAUUCUUUGAGUUUCUGUUCCUUGAACUAUAUUAGCAAAUCUCCAUUUCCCCAGCCCUGUUAGGCCACCCUGGAGCUCUCUUGGCAAGUAUGUCUUCGUAAGAAUGUUUCAGGGACCAGGUAUCUGUUCCUUUUCCUCAGCUGUGAUGAAGACUGCAUACCUGAUGUAUUGUAGAAUUUGUUAGAGAAUUAGUCUGCCUUGAAACACAUUUAAUGUGAUUAAUCUCUGAGAGUACCAGAAAGAUCUGGGGAGCUUUUUUGUUCAUCAGUCACAGCCCCUGUCUAUCCUACCAAACUCUAAGCCUAGUAGCUCUUGGUGGGACUAAAGCAGAAUUCCCCAGAACUGGAAACCUGGUCAGUAUUCAUCCUAACUUUGAUUGUCUUGCCCCAUCUACUUUCUGCCUUUGCUGCUUUAGUCUUCUGUCCUAUUUUCCUCCUCACAGUCCAUGUAACUUCCCACCUCCCAUACUCUCCUGUUGACUAGCAGCAGUAUUGGUCUCUUGGGUACAUAUGUGAACAAUGCCCCUUUUGAUGAACUCUCGGCUGUUGGAGAAUUUUAGCAUGAGUUUCCUGGGUUCUAGUUUCCUACUUCUGGUCAGAUGCAGUAUCCACUAUCCUCUGCUCCUCCUCCUCUAGGCCAAAUGGGCCCUAGAUGGUCAGGAAGGAGGAAUCUUCAACCCUUGGGGAAGGAUUGGUAGUCCUGCAGACUGAAAACAAUGGACAGUAGCCGGGAGAGCUGGUUUACAACCUCUUCAGACCUAGAUUCAUGUUGAGAGACAGCUUGAGAUUUUCUUCACACCCAGCACAAACCCUUGGCUGGCCAGAAAGUGGAGUUUUGGUUACACAGAUUUGACUGUCCUGCCCCCUGGGCACCUGAGGAUCCCACCAGACAUCCUGCUUUCAAGGAAGAUGUGCAAGCCACAGCUGAGCCAUUUGGACUCCCAACUUUGGGUGAAAUCUGCCUUUCACUGGCUGUUAGGACAAUGUUUUAUAGUAUAUACUGGUGUUUCCAGACUUGCCUUUAUAUAGCGAUCCUUGGUUUUGAUGGACUUGAUGCCAUACCUUCACAGCCAAAAUAAACUUGAGUGGGGAUCUUAACUGCUUGGGACCAGGGAGCAGCAGCCUGCUGAUCUGGACUCCAGUGGGUACCCAGCAGGCAAUCACCUGACUGCCCUCCCUCACAUUCCUGUCCCAUGCCUGGUGAGCAUGCCUUGACCCCAGCAGGGCAGCUGGCUCAGUCAGUGGAGGAAAAGAGCCCAGGCCAGGGAGGGAGCGCCCUCUAGUGAAGGUGGGAGUGCAUUCUUAGCAGAGCUCACCAGCCAUUUAAGUGUGCCUGGUGUGAUUUGAAGCAGGUGGGAUGCCAGAAGGAACUAAAACCAUAUUAAGUGAUCAUAUGUUCCAGUUGUCACUUUAAGAAAAGCCAAACUCAAGAACCAAGUAAGUAGUUUUUACAGAAAGCUUCACUGGUGGGUUUUUCUCUGAAGCCAACUUGCCCUGUUGAAUUUAAAUAAGUUUGAGUAGUACAUUUAGAUUUAUGCCCCUUGUUUUGAAAGCCUGUCAGCCGAAUAAAGUUGGGAUUCAUUUUA